AUAGGCUGAGUGGAGGAAGGUGUUCUCAGGUCCUUUUAACAAAGACCCUGGACACUUUGUGUGUGUGUAUGCGUGUGUGAGAGAGAGUGCAUGUUGUAAUAUGACACAUUUUGAUACUACCUUCCAUCUUUUGCACUUUUGAAAUAAGAGGUAUUUAUUUUUAUUUAUCUGAGCCAUCCUGUUCAGCUAUCUGACACAGGCGCGUGCUGGCUUUGUUGUUUUGUAAAAGAAAAAACAACAACAGGAGUUUCCGCCUGUUUCUAGUGAUUUAGUUAGCUAGAUAUACUUUAUUUUACUUGAGAGAAGAUGUCCACUGACUGCCAGAAGACCACUGCCAAGGCCAUCCCGUCGACUAAGAGGGUGACCAUCAGCGACGCCGAGCACAUGCCCCACGACUACUCCACUACUCCCGGAGGGACGCUGUUCAGCACGACCCCGGGUGGAACCAGGAUAAUCUAUGACAGAAAGUUCCUGCUGGGGUGUCGCAGCUCUCCAGUGGCUAAGACUCCUCCGCGAGGUCUACCUGACAUUCCAGGGGUAACCAGUCCUCCGUCCAAAGACACCAAUGAGAAGGCUCGUAAAGGAGAAUCACUGAACAACAACAACGUCACUUCACCUGUUAACAACGACACUGGUGAUGAUGCACAGUUCGAAAUGGACAUCUAGAUGGUGUUGGAACAAGUAUUAAGACUUAUCAACAAGAUGCUGUGAGGGGAGGCUCAGGAGUACCGUCUCUUUUGCCAUCAUCCAUUCCAUGAAGACGGAAGUUCACCUUUAAUAUCUCCAGUGUCUCAGUGUUUUAAAAUCUGUCCUUUGUCAGCCUGCUUUACUUGUUUUGCCCAGAACAAAUCUGGACUCAGGGCUCAAAACUGAGUUAUGUGUGAUAAAGUGUGCCUUUCUGUACUGGCUACAAAUUACAAUUCAACGCUGAGAAGUACUUCACACCAACAAAGCCUCAUCCUUAAGACCUAGUAAAUGGAUCAAAAAUAAAGAUCAAAGGGGAAAAUUAUAA